AUGGGGACCAGAGACGCGGGCGGCCGCGGCCCCGCCCCAGCGGCAAGGAGGGGGCAGGCUUGGGGCGGAGAAUUGCGGGCAGUGGUCUGCGGCCUUGCCGGCCUUCUGGUCCCGGGCCGGGCGGCGGGGGUGGGCGAAGGCCGGGGAGAACCAGAGGCCUUCGCCAGGAGCAGCGCGGUGCGGCCUGCGGGGAAAACCGAGCUUAAGGGCCUGGAGGACGCGGGAGCUGGAGGAACUUGA